AAAUGUCUUUCUAUUCCAACUAAAAUUAAAGAAAUAAUUAUAAGUUGUCAACAUUUUCUUGAAAAUGAACAAUUUACUCUCAUUCUUCGAUAUGUAGUUGAUGUGAUUGCAAAACUUGAAUCUAAUAAUAUAACUUUAGAUAAUAUAUUUGCAGAAUUAUUGCUUAUUUAUAAAAAAUUAAAAUCAAGUGAAUUUGAAGACUUUGAUUAUGGAUUGGUCGAUCAUGCAAAAGAUGUAGUUAAUUUUCAGGCAAAAGAAUUCGAUAAACCUAUAUAUUAUUUAGCAUUUUUUUUAAAUCCAAAAUUUCGCAAAAUUGCA